UCCAGCAGGUUGGUGUAAUUUCGACACUGGUUUCAGUCCGUCUGUAAGAUUCAGCCACGGUGCGCUUAAUUUAUCCGUUUCUAAAAGCAGUUCGUAGAACGAGCCUUCUGGAAACAAGGAGUAAAUGCUGACUUCUGACACAAUUUCUACCAAAACGAGCGCACCAUAACUGAAAGACUAACUCCAGAGCAAAUAAACUAGUAAUGUGUUUUCCUCGCUGGAAGGAUGAACAGGCCUACAACAAAGCUGAACACAACAGAGAGCAGUCAGGAAGAUGUUGACACUGAUUCCACUUCAACAAAACAUUUUGGUUCUGAGAAGCACCAUAAUGUCCAGCCAGACCCUGCAGGGCCUCGUCUUUGGACAGGGUUCCCUUCCGAUGUCAGCCUGCCUGGAAUAUUCCCCCAUCCUCACCAGGGUAUUAUCCAGCCAACACUGAUGGACACUGUCAACUUAAGUUCUGUGCCUGGACCAUCAAGCAGCAGCUAUCACAGUUCCAUUUCUGCUCCUUGGCUUAAUAAUGAAUGCCUUUUCUACAACAUGAUGCCGGUGGACUUGCCUGCUCCUGUUACUAAUAUCCAUGUAGCACAGGCCAUGGGGCAUCAGCAGGUUUGGGAGGGACUGUCUGAAGUCACACCCCACUUCACACAGCCUGUGGUGUGUAAUGUGUAUGGAAGUGGACAGGUUGCGGCCAUUGACAUCUGUGAACCAACAUUCACAACAUCACACAACUGUUCUGCACAUGCAGAUGUAAGUGUACUGGGGACUCCCAGCCAGUACUACCAGGCAGCUUGCCGCCUGUAUGAGUCCAACAUGCAGCCUCAAGACCCCCUAGGACGAGCUGCAGGAACUGUGUGUGAAUCAGAGCCAAGGAAACCAUGCCAUUGCAGCAGAUCCAAAUGCCUCCAACUCUACUGUGAGUGUUUUGCCAAUGGAGUGAUGUGCAGCAACUGCGACUGCUCUAACUGCUACAACAAUGCCGAGCAUGAAGUGAGGCGUUACGAGGCAAUUAAGUUAUAUUUAGGUCGUAACCCAGAUGCCUUCAGGCCUAAGAUCGCUGGUGGGGAGUCAGGAAAGGUCAAAGGAUGGCACAUCAAAGGAUGCAGCUGUCAACGCUCCAGAUGCCUUAAGAACUACUGCGAGUGCUUUGAGGCCAACAUCAAGUGUACCUCCAGCUGUAAAUGUGUUGGCUGUAGAAACUACGAUGAGCGCUCAGAAAUGGACCCCAUAGAAAAGACUUGCAAGGACAAAGGGCCUGCAUCAGUGAUAACCACUGCUAUGGUGGAGGAUGUGUGCAACCAUCUGGUGGCCCAGGCUGAGAAGGCUGAGAGAGAGGGCCAGAGCCCCAUUCAGGCUGAGCGCAUGGUCCUGGUUGAGUUUGGACACUGUCUGACUCAGAUUGUCAAGUCCAUGUUCAAGGACAAGUGACACUGAGGAGACACCUGUGGACUUCAUGUCCUCAUGUGGUAAUUUAAAACGGUUGCUUUAUAUGUUGGUCUGACAGUUGAUUAAAUUUGAUGUUGUGAUUUUGACUGUUUUGAGCUCAUGCUCCUUUUACAUUGCUAUGGUACUACUUACCUCACUCAUUCAUCUCUCAAUUAUUCAAGAGUCCUGGAUGUAUAAGUGUUCAAAAAUUAUUUUGAUAUCUUUGAUAUUAUUGUUUCUUAAUUGGAUGUGUUUUAGUUUAAAAUCCAUGGUUCAGCCCCUGUGGAGACUUUUCCUCUGGUGUUAUUUCAUGCUGUUCUGGCAGGGUAAUGUUUCUGGCAAAAAUGCUAUACUAGAAUGUUCUGCAAGUCCUCCUGGUUUGUUUGGUUUAAGAAUCCUAUUUCUGAGUUUCACUUUUGGAGGAAAAUAAAGUGU